AUGAUUGAUAAAAAUUUGACACUAUAUGCAAAGAAAAAUUCUAUAAAUAUUUCAAAUAGUAAAAAUUGUAUAGAAGAAUUAGUAAUAACGGUGAAUUAUUUGGUCGAAAAUGUAAUUAAACAAGUACUUGAACAAUCUGAUCGUUUUGAUUUACCAAAAUAUGAUUCAACAAUGAUAAAAUUAAAUAAAGUGGAAAAACAUUUAUUAGAAAUGUAUGUAUUUGACGAUGAGGAUGGACAACGGAUAGAAGUUGAAGACGAAGUCAAUGAUACGUUCAAUACAAGUCCAUCAUAA